AUGGAUCUGCUUCCUGCCCAGGAAGCUGCUAAAAUCUACCACACUAACUAUGUGAGAAACUCUCGAGCCAUCGGCGUCAUGUGGGCCGUGUUCACCAUCUGCUUCGUCAUCAUUACCAUGGUGGUUUUCAUCCAGCCGUACUGGAUCGGGGACAGCGUAAAUACACCGCAGGCCGGAUACUUCGGCCUUUUCCACUACUGCAUCGGUAACGCGCUCACAUCGGAGCUCACCUGCAAAGGCAGCGUGCUGGACUUCGCCUCCAUCCCUUCUCCGGCCUUCAGGACCGCAAUGUUCUUCGUGGGGACCUCCAUGUUGCUGAUCGUUGGCACCAUGGUCUGCUUCAGCUUGUUCUUCUUCUGCAACGCCGGGAACGUGUAUAAGAUCUGCGCGUGGAUGCAGCUGGCCUCAGCUGCGUUGAUGGUGAUGGGCUGCAUGAUCUACCCAGAUGGCUGGGACUCUCCGGAGGUGAAGAGGAUGUGUGGCCAGAGGACGGAUAAGUACAGCCUGGGGAACUGUACGGUGCGCUGGGCCUACAUCCUGGCCAUCAUCAGCAUCCUUGACGCCCUCCUCCUGGCACUCCUGUCCUUUACACUCGGAAACAGGCAGGACAAACUGCUGCCGGACGACUUUGAGGUCGAGGGAGGAGCAGGAAACCCCUGA